UUGCUUAGUUGAAAGUUAGGUUGGAUUGGUAGUUCAGGGGAGUUUGGUGAAGAGUGUUGUUGCCCUUGAUUGAUAGUUUGGAUGAUGCUGUCUCCUAGUAUUUUGCUAAUCCAUUUGAAUUCUGUUUUGCUGAUAAAGUGAACUAGAGGAUCAGCCAAAAAGGGGUUUUAUGAAUAUGAAACAAAGUAAGGCAGAGAUGGAAAGUCUUGCUGCCAGGCCUAAGCAGGCAAUUCCAGCACCACCACCUCCUCCACCACUACUUCCAAGAUCCUGGGUGGGGAAGAAGGUUGAAGUCAGUGUGACCAACAGAGAGAUUGCCAAGUUCUGGAGGCAGAAGCGUUUUGAGGAAGAAGAUCACCUCUUUGCUGCGAUCAAGGCUGCAGCCCGCUUAAGGGCCCGCAAUUUCACUGAGGAAGAAUACGGGCAUUUUGAAGAGUCACUGAAUGAAGAUGACAAUGACACCAAGGAGAAAAACAGUGUCUCCAUGGAUGACAGUAGAAGGGACAAAAGGAGUAAUGAAAUUCGCGUGGGAAUAAGGGACUGGUGGAAGAAGAGCAAGUAUGCAUACCUAAACCAACCGCCAACUGAGUCCAUGGAUCCUCCCAAAAGACAAGCCACUGCUUAUGUUCCGAAUUGUUUCACAUAUAAACCUGCUCCUCUGUAUCCCACAUCUCUUGGUGUCUUUUAAGAUCACUGAAGCUGUUUUGAUUGAUCCUGUUCACUUGUUGGUGUCUGAAAGUUGAUUGUUAUGUCCCAUUGAGGCAUGUGUUUUUCCAUUAAAUCUACCAGCAAAUAUUUAUUUGAGGGUGUAAAAUAAAAUAGAAAACAAUCCAUUUCAGGUAUCUUGAGUUUGAAGUGUAAUCUGCUAGUUGUUCCACUAUAAGGACUUUAAAACUGCAUAGU